AUGGAAGGUGAUAGAGCAAGGAACAUGAACAAGAAAAAGAAGUUCGUCCACGAUGGCCUUGUCAAAGCUGAGCUUUACGGCUUCCUUGCAAGGACUCUUGCUCAAGAAGGGUUCGCUGGCAUCGACGUUAUGGCCACCAACACCCAGACUUCAGUCAGCAUCUAUGCCACCAAGACUGAUGAAGUCGUAGGUGAAAACAGCACCAGAAUCAGAGAACUGAGCUCCUUGAUCAGAAAGAGGUUCAACUACCCUAAGGACAGCUUAGAACUCUACGCUAGAAAAGUCCCUAACAGAGGUCUUAGCGCUUCUGUCCAGGCUGAAAGCAUGAAAUACAAGCUCCUUGCUGGUUUCCCAGUCAGAAUGGCAGCCAAUGGAGUUAUCAGGUUCGCUAUGAAGAGCGGAGCCAAGGGUAUUGAAAUUGCAGUCUCUGGUAAAUUAAGAGCCCAAAGAGCCAAGACCAUGAAGUUCAGAGAUGGGUACAUGAUCAGCACUGGAGAGCCAAGAAAGAUUUUUGUUGAUGAAGCAGUCAGACACGUCUUGCUUAAGCAAGGAGCCCUUGGAGUUAAGGUGCAAAUUAUGCUCUCACAAGAUCCUGAAGGAGUUACUGGACCUAAGAGGCCACUUCCUGACCACAUUGAAAUCAUUGAGCCUAAGGCCGCUGAGACACUUUAA